AUGCCUCUAUCAGCACGCAUGUCCAAGGGGAAGCUACCGCUGAUGGAUCUAGAACAAGGAAUAAACCUAACCAGUUUUACCGACAACGAACCAGCAGAGUUGAUCGUGGAUCGAGCCAUGGAGUAUGAAACCGGAUCUGGUAGCGUGGCUAGAUGGAGAGAAGGAGUUCAUGUUCCAUCGGAUCCAAACCACGGAACAGCUCAGAAAGCUAAGGUUUGGUCCACGACUAAACCAGGUUCUUUCUCCGAGUCUGCGAUUCCCGGUUUAUGGCCUUCUUCGUUUAGCAAAGAGUAUUGUUGCAUCUAUAGAGUCCCGAACCGGUUACGGAGAGUGAAUCCAGAGGCUUACACUCCUCAGAUGCUUCUCAUCGGUCCACUUCAACAUUCUAAAAAAGCUGAUGCCCUUGAGCUCUCCAAAACCGACUCAAGAUAUUUGGACUAUAUGAACAUGGAACGUCACAAGAAGAAGUACCUUAAUGGUAUUGCAAAUAUAUUUGGGACUCAAACGAUCGAAGAGUUCAAGGGAAUCAUCAAAAGAGAUGAGAAGUUUAUAAGAGAAAGCUACUCCGAAUCAACAGACUGGAUCAAAUCACAAGACUUCGUGGAAAUGAUCCUACAUGACUCGGUAUUCAUACUAGGGUUCUUCAUUCAGAUAGGAACUCAAAAGUUUAACAGGAAAGAAGAUAUUUUAUUCGAGGAGCCAUGUCUCAUAACCACCAUUUUCGAAGACCUAAUCUUGCUCGAGAACCAACUUCCGUAUGCUCUUCUAGAGGAACUCUUCCAACCUUUCUUGUUCAGUCUUAAAACUGAGGAAACGUUCCGUGACCUAACCCUACGAGUUUUUGGGUUCGAAAACAAGAUCGAGAGAGAUGUGAAAUUCCGACAUUUUACAGAUUUGUACCGACGUGUACGUGUCGCAACACUUGGUCUGACGGAAGAGCAAGCUAGUAAUGCAAAAUCAGAGCCACCGAAGAGCAUAAAGAGUCUACACAACGCAGACAAACUAGACAGCGCAGGAGUAGAUUUUGAGAAUGUGGACAUAGAGAAUGAGUUCUCGUUGGUGAUUGAUUUCAAAGACGGAGUCUUGAAAAUGCCUUGUUUCACAGCCGAAGAUAACACCGAGAGGGUUAUGAGGAACUUAAUGGCACUCGAGCAAUGUCAUUAUCCUCUCUCUGCUUAUGUUUGUAACUACAUCGCCUUCUUGGAUUUCCUCAUCGACACCGAGCAAGACGUUAACUUGCUCUUCAAGAAAGGAGUUGUAAAGAAUUGGUUGGGACAUCAAGGAUCGGUGGCGGAAAUGGUGAACAAGCUGUGUUUAGGGCUCGUAGAUUUUGGAUCUCACUAUCACUCAAUAGCUGAAACACUCAACAAUCACUACGAAAGCCGUCUCAACAGAUCCGUCGCCACGCUCCGACGAGUCUACUUCAAAGAUCUUUGGACAGCAACUGCCACGGUGGCUGCUGUUGUUCUCCUCGUGUUGACUUUGAUCCAGACGGUGGCUUCUGUUCUCCAAGUGACGCAGAACAACGACAAGUCAUCGCCGCCUCCAGCUCCUGGACGAGGACCGUAG